UGGCAUCACUGUAAUAAUAAACGUAAAUCGGUGAAUAACAAAAAUCUAGGAGAUUGUGAAAAUAAGUAAAAUAACUGCAUUGACGUGUGUUUUCGAAUUAAAUUAGAAAAAAAAACAAUCUAUGGCUACAAAAUCUUCCGUAUCUGCUCUACAAGAAUAUUGUGCUAAACAUAAAAUACCACCACCCACAUAUGAUUUCAUUGAUGCCGAGGACGGUACUUCAUUUAUUUGUCGGGCACAGGUAAUGAAUAUAGAAGCGGAUGGUCAUGGACGCUCCAAGCGUGAUGCCAAACACACUGCUGCCUUGAAUUUGAUCAAACGUGUACGUAUUGAUAAUCCCGAUAUUGAAAAUAUUCGUCCCGUGGAACAUGUACAGAUUCCUCCCAUUGAUAUGAUAGUGACAUUGCGAGACUAUUGCGUUCAGCGUCAGCAUCCAUUGCCGGUUUUUGAAAUUGUCCAACAAGGUGGCCCCCCAGAUGCACCGGAAUUCAUUGCUAUGUGCUCUGUUGCAUCAAUCCGACGGUAUGGAGUAUCUGAUAAGAAAAAAGAUGCCAAGCAGAUUGCAGCUGCAAAAAUAUUUGAAAUCAUCUUCGAUGGUACGCCAACAAAUGAAAGUGAAAUGCAAGUGUCCCCAAUAGAUACUAAAAUUGACGACAUUGAAUCAGAACGCUAUCAAAAAUUUAAAACUUAUCGUGAACUAACCGAAAGUGGUAUUGAUGAUCCACCGGGUGUGCUGCUAUGUGAUCGACAUAAUUAUUUUACUAAAUUCCAUGAUUGUUUGAAGAAGGCAGCCAAAGAAGUUCUGAAUAGUGAUUUAUAUGGCGAAGACCGCGAAAAUCAAGUGAAAGAUCUAUUACAUGCUCUGAAAAUUACACCACGCUCUAAAAAGGUACCCUCAGAAAAAUCAGUGGAACCGCUUAUUCAAAUCGAAUUGGAUUGUGAAUAUGAUGUGUUUUUUGCAAAUUUUGCUGGUUUAGUGUAUAAGGAUAUAUUGGAAUAUUUUCAAGAUAUGUUGGAUUAGAUAAAAACAGAUUUGCUAAUUGUUGAAAAUAAAAUGACUAUUCGUUUAAA